AUGUGUGUGUCGGGUGAGGGUAACGAGGUGUGUCGGCCGGUGAGGAGACAGCAUACCAACGAUCAACUACGUCAAUUCAUGUAUCGACAUAAAACAGGAUACAGAAACAAAACCAGUAUAACCAAGAUUGAAUCAGAACCUCAUUUCUUGGAGAAUGCAGUCAAAACAAGUUUACUGGCUAUCGAUGAGGAGAACAAACAGAACUGGGAGGAAAGCUGGAGGCUCUAUAAGAACGCACUAAAUGACUUCCAUAUGGCCCACAACUGUUUGUCUUGCGAUCUGAGUCUCAAGCUCUCCACUUUCUGGCGCCUCAUCUAG